ACCGACUCCAACUUCGAUGAACGGACAAGUGGCAGCGGUUGAACUGGCCGCCCGCUUCGCUGUCUCCUCCUCUCCCGACGCCCGCUUCAAAUUUUAACCUCGACUUCCACCAUGGAGGACAUUCGCGUCGAGGACUACCUAGACGACAAGCUACAGUCGACGACCGACUUCGAGGACUUGGACACGUUGCUCAGCAGCGUCGAGUACCAGCGCAGCCAGCUGCAGUCCCAGCUCGAUGAUGCCAGCCGAGAACUAGACGAGGCCCGCAAGUCCUCGGAAGAUCGCAGCGCCGCCCUCGUGGCUCAGAUCGACGAGUUCCAGACCCUCCAGACGAGCAUCGAUGUCCGCCUCCAGAUCAUCGCCGAGUCCGACGCCCCCGAUGAGGCCAUCCGCCGCCUCGAGCCGCCUAUGAAGCAGCUCCACAAGGUUGACCUCGCAUACCGAUAUCUGUUGCUGCUGCAGGACGUGGAGAGUUUGCGCCAGGCUGCUCGGUCGCAUCUUCCGCAGGAUCCCAAAGCUGCGCUAGAGCCCUACACGAGGUUAAAACAGCUAUCGAUCCGGUUGAAGGAGCUCCAGCACCAGGCCGAUGGGGCCGCCGUGCACUUGGUGACCCAUGUCGACUCUGUGACAGACAAGCUGUGGGAUGAGAUGAAGAAGACCAUGUGGGAUGAGCUCGAGUCGGUGCUGGCCAAACGCGGGUGGCCGAACGUGGACCCCGACUCGGAGGUGGACGAGGACUGGCUCCAGUGCUUUGAGAAGCUCGUCGACCUGCAAGUGCCGGAGGUGCUGUACUCGCCCAGCACCGUCAGCCUGCUGCCCGUGGAGGUGAUGGCGCAGAUAUUCAUCAAGGAGUUCCGCUUCCAUUUCCUCGGCGACAAGCCGACCAGCAGUCCGCAGGUUAUCACGGCCCACUGUUUUCCAUGGUUCCUAGCUUUGAUCGAGAAGUGGGAGGACUUCCUGAGGGACAAUUUUGGCUCAGCCCUGGCCGCCAAGUUUGGCGACACCAACGUUGCACACAAGAUAGUGUACAUGGACCCUGUCUGUGCCUUCAUAACCUCCAUGCUGCCUGUCAUGAGAGAGAAGAUUGCCGUUACCAUCUCCGAGACGUCUGGGGAUACCGUAUUUCUGAGUAGCCUCCUCUCUCAACUAAUGACCUUUGACGAGAGGCUCAGCUCUGGGUUUGCCUACGACGGUGGCGAUUCCGAGGAAGAAUGGGGCGGGUUGACAUCAGAAGUACUCAGCCAGCAUUUCAGGACAUGGCUAGAGGCGGAAAAGAAGUUUGCUCUGGAGCGUUACCAGACCAUCAUGACGGCACCAGACGCAAGGAAUAUCGACUACGACUUCGCUGCCACCGGAAAGACCAAACCCACAUUUGCCGCCGUCCGAGUCACCGAUCUCCUUCGGUCCGUCACGACCCAGUAUGAGCGCGUCAAGCGCUUCUCUCAUAAGCUGCGCUUCCUCAUCGACAUUCAACUCACUAUCCUGGAUGAGUACCACGACCAGCUCAGGGGCACGCUCGAGGCGUACCUCAGCAUUACCUCAACAGUAGGUAGGGCGUUUGGUGUGACCAAGGAACAGCUGGCCGCUCUCGAAGGCACGGGUGCCCUUGAGACGCUAUGCAAAGUGUACGGCAGUGCCGACCAGAUUGUCAACACCCUCAGGGACUGGAGUAAUGAAGAGAUCUUCGUCACAUUGUGGGAGCAGCUCCAGGCACGGGUCAAGGUCACCGAGGACCAAACCAACCUCGCCGGCGGCAUGAGUUAUGACCACGUCAGGGACAAAACGUCAGCGGCCGUUGGUAAGGAAAACGGCGACGGUGGAGUCCUCUUCGACGAGACCAUCGCUGCCUACAGCCAAAGACGGAAGCGGGCCGAGGAGUUCCUCUCAGAGGCCCUCGUCGAGACGCACCGCAAGGCAUUUAAAGCCUAUCUUCACCGUCCCCAGUGGAGCACCAUUGCGGACGAUGCUUCGGUCGAUCUAGCCGUCACGGCGGAGCUAGACGAACCUUUGAGGAUCCUGAAACGCGACCUGGACUUCCUCCAGCGCGCCCUCGGAACAGCCGCCUUCCGCCGCGUCUGGCGCGAAGCGCUCGAGAACCUCAACAACACGCUAUGGGGCGAGGUCCUGAUGAGUCACAAAUUCACCGCAUCGGGGGCAGCCCAGUUCAGUCGCGAUCUGCACGCCAUCUCGGCCCUCGUCGAGCGGUUCAUCCCCGACGGCUCUAGCUCCCUCGGUAGUGUUAGUGACGCUCUUCGGCUGCUAAACCUCCCAAUGGAGGCCCCGGAAGGGGGUAUGUCACUCAAACGGGCGACAGACAUGGUGUUUACGGAUAACACAGAGGCGAAGAAGGUUUUGGACGAGCUGGAAGUCGACUCGUUGACCUCGGCCAACGCAAGACAAAUAUUGCAGCGCAGGAUAGAGACCGCGGAAUAAGCGCUGUGUAUGUAAACC